GGAGGAAGGUCGAGGCACGCCCUCUCUGCUGCCUGUCAGGAAACACGUUGGUUGGUGUACACUUCUGUGGUGAACACAUCAGGAAAUGGCAGCUGUUUAUGUCGUGGCUUGUUUCUGUGCCAUAAUUGCCUCAGGGGCAGGACACGAGACAAUAUAUGCAGAGAAAGGUCAUGUACUCACCAUCAAGCCGCCACCCAUAAGCAAAUUUAACGACCUUAUCUGGAAGAUUAACGGGAACAAAGUGGUUGAGUACGACGGCCAUCAUGAGCAGGUGUAUCGGUCUUUUAAGAACAGAACCGUUUUGGACAAAAGUUCUGGCGAACUCCACAUCAAAAACCUGCUUUUUGAGGACAGCGGAAAUUACGUGUUGGAGGUUGUGUUACCAAACAACACCAUAACCACCAACCUUUAUCCAGUGAAGGUCAUAGAGAAAGUUUCCAAAAUCACUAUCACCUGCGAGGGAGAAGGUGGCCACCAGGCAAAGCUGGUUUGCACUGCAGAGUCGACACCACGUCACUUCAUUGAAUUUGAAUGGAGCUAUGCUGGAACCAAACAACCUGGCUCCAACCUGACGGUACCUUUGGGGGGUAAAGAUGACGACACAGUUUACACCUGUCACGUGAAGAACCCACUGAAUGAAGAGGAAGUUUCUUUCACGGCAAAACAUUGCAAGCCAGAGAAAGCCCAGAUCGUCUGGCCAAUCAUCAUCUCCCUUUUUCUACUAAUAUUAUGUAUCAUACUGGGGGUCAUAUUCAGGCAGAAAAUCAAAGCCAAGUGGGAAAACUGCAGGGCGAGCUGUUGUACCACUGAGGCUGACCCCCCAACCUCAAUUAAUGCGUCUGGAGAUGCACACGUAACUACUGAGGAGCUGCAGCCCUUCAAUCAAAAAGGAGAAUUGGAUGAAAAUCGAAAUGCUGGACAAGAGCUUGAAACAGUCGAGGUAGUUAAGAAUGGAGAUGCUCACAGCCAGAGCAUCGACCUCCCUGCAGUUUAACUUCGAAACGGCACUUCCCAUGUGAGAGGGGCAGGAAGCAACAGCACCGAGGAGUAAAUCAACCAUGCGUCAGAGAAUGGGAUUCAAAGUCUGUGAAAAGUCACACUCUGAUAUUUUAUUGAAAUAUUUGAUAUAUGACCUUCGAAAUAUUACAUCAGGUGUCAAGAUAUACACACCACUAGCCUAAUCUUGACUACCUUCAGCCUAGUGUGCCUCUUCACUAUCAAACAGUCGUUUUAACCAACUUCAUUAUGGCAAGUUUCAAUGGUGGCCAAUCAUUUUUCAAGUCCUUGUCCUUUUUCAUUAUUCUUUGAACAGGUCUCGACCAGAAACAGAUUCUCUGUCACAUUUAAAUAACACACUUCAGCUCCAUCAGCUGGAGUGAGAACUUGUAGAAGCUCAUGCUGUUACCUGUUUGAUACACUAUUGCUAUGGUUUUGGCAGCUUAUAGUUACUUGUCUGUGACUGCAGAAUGAAAUUUGAGUGCUGUUUCCUGCUGCUUCUGGGCAACUAAGCCAUGGUGCUGCUGACUAGAGAAUGUCACACAACUGCUGCACAUGAAGAUGCGAUCUCUCUCGCUGAGGUGGUGCGCAAUGGGAUUUCGUAUCAAGGCUAAAGUGCAGCAUUAGCAUGACUUUGCUCCCCUUGGUUUGCACAGAGGAGUAAGUCGUCGCAGCUGCAGCAGUUACACUGCGCUGCCCUGUUUCACUGCCUCGUCUGAUUCUGCAGUAAAGAGCUGUUGAAAAGCUCCAGUGUUGACGGUUGUUGAGCCGACUCCGUCUCGGCUUCUGUCACUAACACACCAUGUCAGUAAGUAAAGUAACGUAUUCCCACUACCACAUAGCCUUGACACAUGCAAGGCUUCUAUCAACCAAUCCGCCGACCGCGUGCGAUCGCCGUCGCGCCCUACUGUUUAGGGCUGGCCGGUUUAAAGACACGGCGUUGCCAUCACAUUUGUGGAUAAUUGAGCCAUUGCCUUAGUCGGGCCACUCUCUGCAUGUAAACAUUGUCAGUGGCUGUGAACAAAAAAAAAUCCCCCAAAAAAUUCCCAAAACAAAAAUCCUCCAAAAACUCCCAAACUCAAGAAUUGACUGUGCAUUUCUAAAUUCAGCACAUGAAGUAUUAAUUGUCUUCUGUUCUUUAAAUCAUGAGGGCAAAGCCAUCGUUGUCGUUUUCUAUGUGAAUGAGUUUCAGCUGCUGUUGAGGAGAACCUGCACUUGGAUUUUGCUUUGUGAAGUGUGUUUGCAACAUUUCUGUUUUAGUUGCAUGUCAUUGCUUAGCAACCUUUCGUUGGUCUGUAAAUAUGACCGUUUCUGUAAAUAACUUCAUUUAAGACACUCCCAUGUGGAUUUUUCAUGGGCGCUUGCCAACACUGUAGCCAACUGCCUUCUGGCAAGAUUCCUUGCAUUCCAAAAUCAUUGGUAAGAAUGUUCAAUCGGUGAAAUAAUACACCAGAAGGUGUAUUAUUAUUGUAUUAUGUGCCUUACCUGAGGAGCUGUCUGAGGCAGUUAAAAGUCUCCUCAGCAUGAGGUGUGUGUAUGAGGAAGUGUUUCAUGGUCCGGUGCAGUACAUUCAGGCAGAGUCGUGACUCUAAUCAUGUCAGACAUGCUAUUUAAUGAAAAUUUGAUGAUUGAGUGACUUGCUUGUUUUUCUUUUAUUAUGUUAUUGUAUUUAAAAAUCUGUUAGAAAGUCAAUGAAGUCACACUCAGUGGUAUUUCAAACUAACACUAUGGACUGAUGGCCUUUUAUCUUUAUUAUAAUUGUAGCUAGAUUUGGAGUUUUUCUGUUACUUUGCUUUGUAAUUUUUUAUUUACGAAGUGUACUUGAUGUCUGCGUGUAUGAAUUUGUUGACAACGGGAAGAUGAAACUCAAUCAUUAAAAAAGUUGCCAACAGA